GAGCCAGCGUUCUCGAUCACUUCCAAGAUGUCCGCGAUGUCUGCCGCGUUGAAUGUGCCCGCUGUGCGGUCGCGCUUCGUCGUGGCAGACGACAUUCUGCUGCUACAAGAGGUAGCAGCGACAAACCCAUUCGAGGACCACGACAGGUGGCGAGCAGUCACAGAGAUGGUCAACAAAGCAACCGGGAAAAACUUCACAGCUCGUGCCAUACGCGAACGCUGCGACCUGCUACUCGGCCACUUUCGUCGAGAGGACAGGGCGAACUUAAGAAAGUCUGGCACAGAGGAGCAAUACUCCGAAAAGGAGCACCUGCUCCAAGAAAUAAAUGACAUGGCGAGGGAGUUCGGCCACCAAGUCAGGGUCCAGCCCAGAAAAGUGGGCAUGACGGCGGGCAACGCCAUAGGGCCAGGCAGCAGGACCAACAAAGCUUCGGCCAGGGCGGAGCUACACGCCGCCAAUGCCAUCAGGGAGACAGCUGUGACGGCAAUCAAUGCAGCAGCCGCUGCUGCGAAGAACGUAGCCAACGCAGAGGAGCGUCCGAAAUCCUAG